AUGGUUCCAAAAAUGAUUGAGCUUUUACCACUGGAAAACGUUGACCAAAAGAUUGAGAUGAGCAUAGAAAUUGGACACAAGGCAGCAGUGAGGAGCCUACCAACGAAGGAAGGUCAUACGCACGACUGGAUUGUGUACGUGAGGACUGACCAGAAUCAAUUCGUUGAGAAAGUUGAAUUCAACCUACAUCCAUCUUUCAAGAAACCAAAAAGAGUUGUAGCAUCUGCGCCAUUCCAGCUACUUGAAAAUGGUUACGGAGAAUUUAAUAUGAAAAUUGUGGUUCACUUCAAAGUUAACAACCACCGAGAGAAAGUUCCUUACGAGUACUACCUGUUCCUGAGCAGUGAGCCGACAAUUUCAUACAGCGUGCACAAGCAACAUACAAUAGAUCUAACCAAUCCGGCACGAACUAAAAAACCCGGAAGACCAAAGAAGAACAACAGUUUAAAAGAAACAAAUACAUCGUCGGAAUCGUUGUCAAACAGCUCCGUAACCAAAAAUUCACUGAUAGUUCCUCCAAGAAAACCAGGAAGGCCGAGAAAAAACGGAACGAUCCCUGUUAAAACAAUGAAAUCACCUGAUGUUGAUUUACCAUCACCUUUUUCGUCAUCUUCAACAUCAUCUUUGCAAUCAUCGCCAUCAUUAACAUCGUCUGAUGAUGAUAUAUUACCAAUGCCACCAUCAACAGCAAAACUAUCAUACACACCAUCGUCUUCAUCUUCACCGACAUCAAAAAUGUUCCAACACGACACUCGGCAGCUCAAAACCAAACACACAGUUUCAACACUGCCAGCUGGUAAACUGCAAGAGUUUGCUGACUGGUCCCUCGCACAGACAGCCACAACUCUACAUUCCGCCAAUCAAUAUUAUAUUAACGAGAGAAUCAAUGAUUUGGUUGAACUUCAGAAAACCUUGAUGUCACUUAAGGACAAGAAAGUUUUGAAAAGAAUUGUGAAGAUAAUUAAAGUAGCAGGAUAUCUGCAGAUGACAGAUUCCACGUUUGAUUUUGACCUCAUGGAGAUGGAUGACGUCACGAUCAAUUGCAUCAAGGAGACUUUAACGAAUCAAUAA